AUGCCUGCGCAGGGAGACAAGUCGGACAAGAAGGCGGCCGACGAGGCCAAGGUGGACGUCAAGGGCAAGCAAGCCGAGGUGGAGUCCGAGGGCUCGGAAGACGAGGAGGACGAGCCUGCGACUGCGACCGCGACCGCGACCGCGACGACCGAGGGCGCUGCGGCCGGGCCGACAGAAAAGAAGAAGAAGAAGAAGAAGAGGUCCAAGAGGUCCAAGGUCAAGGAGGUGCUGACGGGCAAGUCGGCGGACCCGGAGGCGGACAUUCAAAAGGCCAUCUCCGGUCUGACGCCCGAGCAGGCCAAGGAGCUCAUCGCGCUGAACCCGUCGCUUGCUCGGGAGCUGGAGUCGUCGUCCGGCAGCUCGAAUCCGUCGGCGGACCAGACGGCCGAGAUGCUCAGGAAGCUGAGCAUGCAGGACAUCAUGACCGGUCUGGCGUCGGGCGGCAAGAACGUCAAGGAGAUGGGGGCCUACAAGUUCUGGCAGACGCAGCCGGUGCCCCGGUUCGGUGAGGACGAGAAGGCCUUUGAGGAGGGGCCGAUAAGGGUGCAGACGGUGGACGAGGUGUCCAAGGAGCCGGCGGCGCUGGUGCCCGGCUUCGAGUGGGUCACGCUGGACCUCAACGACGACGGCGAGGUCAAGGAGGUGUACGAGCUGCUCAACGGGCACUACGUCGAGGACGACGACGCCAUGUUCCGCUUCAACUACUCGCCAUCCUUCCUGCGCUGGGCCAUGAUGUCCCCCGGCUGGCACAGCAGGUACCACGUCGGCGUCCGGGCGACGCAGUCGCGCAAGCUGGUGGCCUACAUCUCGGCCAUCCCCGCCCACGUCCGCGUCCGCGACCGCACCGUCCUCUGCUCAGAGGUCAACUUCCUCGUCGUCCACAAGAAGCUGCGCGGCAAGCGCCUCGCCCCGGUCCUCAUCAAGGAAAUCACCCGCAUCAGCAACCUCAACGGCAUCUGGCAGGGCGUCCACACCGCCGGCAUCGUCCUGCCCCGCCCCGUCAGCACCUGCCGCUACUUCCACCGCGCCAUAAACUGGCAGAAGCUGUACGAGUGCGGCUUCAGCCCUCUGCCCCCCGGGAGCAAGCCCCAAUACCAGGUCCACAAGUACGCCCUGCCCGAGGCCACCGCCACCCGCGGCCUGCGCAAGAUGCAGGAGGAGGACCUCGAUGCCGUCAUGCCCCUGUUCCAGAGGUACCUCAAGCGCUUCGACAUGGCUCCCGAGUUUACCAAGGAGGAGAUGAAGCAUUGGUUCGUUCCUGAUGUGCCAAAAGGGGGUGAGGAGGUCGUCUGGUCCUAUGUCGUUCAGGACAAGGACGGCAAGAUCACCGACUUCUUCUCCUUCAACUGCAUCGAGUCAUCCGUCAUCGGCAACAGCAAGCACAGCGUCGUCCGCGUCGCCUACCUGUGGUACUACGCCAGCGAGUCGGGACUGCAGGAGCCCUACGACCGCUCCGCACACAAAGACCGCCUCAACUCGCUCGUCCACGACGCCCUCAUCCUGGCCAAGAACCUCAAGUUCGACGUCUUCAACGCCCUCAGCUUCAUGGACAACGGCCUCUUCCUGGAGCAGCAGAAGUUUGGUGCCGGUUCCGGCCAGCUGCACUACUACCUGUUCAACUACCGCGCCCACUCCAUCACGGGAGGAAGCAUCGAUGAGGCGGCGGCCAUUCGGCACCGUAAUCAUGUGGUCGUCGGUGCCGUGCAUGACAAGGAUGCGCUCACGGCCCACAGCGUCGGCCAUAUCCUUCAGCUGCUGGGGGCUCUUGGAGUGCCACUGCACGGCGACGAGCUGGCACAGGAAGCCGGUCCUUGUGAAGACGCCGGGAGCUCGGCGCUUGGCCAGCUCCUGGGCCUGGAAACGCUGGAAGUUGGAGUCGAACAUGCCGUACGUGACGCCGGCAGCGCAGCGGGGCGUCGUGUCGGGGGAGGGCACGUCUUCGGCGUCCGGGGCACCCAGCCAGUCGUCGUGGAACAGCUUGCGGGCCGUGUCGGCUAUGCUCUGCUCGGUCGACUUGGGGACGAGGAACCCGGCCCGCUCGACGAGGUACUCGCGCAGGGUCGUCGUGUUGCUGACGGACGCCGAGGUGCACAGGAGGGAGAGGGAGGCCAGCCUCCGGGGCGCGAGGCAGGCCACCUCCUGGGCUAUCAUGCCGCCCAUGGAGAUGCCGACCAGGUGGAUGUCGCGGGCGUCGCCGCCCCAGCCGACGUGGUCGAUGACGUCGAGCACGUCGCGCGCCAUCCCGCUCGUCGUGUACCGCCCCAGCGGCUUGUCGCUUCGCCCCAUGCCGCGGUUAUCCAGGAUCAGGACCGAGUAGCGCGACCCGUGGUCGUGGCCAAAGUAGCGCGUCUGACGUUGCCAGCUGGCCAGGACGCCGGCGAGACCGCUGAUGAGCUUUAA